CAUCGUUAAAUUAAGUAAAAAACAUUAAAAAAAAACAAAACAUCAAAUCCCUAAUCUAACCAAAAACAUCAAAUCCCUAAUUCCCUUCUUCGUUUGCUUCUGUUCAAAUGAUUGAUUAUGGCCAUGAGACAAGCAGAGCUUAAUCCUGAGAUUAUUGAAACAACUUGUGUAAUGUAUUACGCUAAGAAGUACAUUCCCGGAGUUUCGAGGUCGAUUCGGAAACCGUUACUGUCUUCUUCCUCCGUUUCAUCAGAGAUGGAACAGAAAGAGAUUCUAGAAAGUAGAAACAGUUGUUUCAAAUCUUCCACCGGAGAAAAUUUUGAAUUCAUCGACGGCGACAAGGUUUUUUUUCGGAUUGCUUCAAACGGCGAACAUACUGAACGUUGAUUGCGUAGAGAGGAUCUUCUGAGGUGAGAGGGGUCGGUUGAGGGAGGAGGAGAGAAUUGGGAAUUAGGGAUAUGAUGUUUGUUUUAAUUUUUUAUUUAAUUUUAUGUUUUACAUGUUUUAGUUUUUUUUUUAUAUUAAGUUAUAUCACAUUAUUAGUAGCUUAUUAAAAUUAUAGGAUUCUGCUCUGCCAUGUCACCAUUCAAUUAGAGGAUUUAAAAUAUAUUUAACCUUUCAUUCAUACCAAAAAUAUUAUUACAAUAUUUUUAUGUAAACAGGGGACUAGUCUCCGCAGUUGCGCGUGGAGAUACCUCUGAUUUAAAAAAAAAUAAUGUUAAUUUUGUUUGCAUAAAAUAAAUAAAUUUUAAUUUUUGACUAAUUUUUUUAAAAAAAUUUCCCUUAUUUUUAUGCGUAUUGUUAUUAAAUGUUAUUAGAUUAAAUCGGGUUCUUAUUUUUACGCAUGGAUUGUUUUUUUCUUCUUCUUAAGAAUAAUUUAUUUUGAUGUUAUUAGAUUUAGUUCAUAUUUUUAUGUGUUGAUUUUAUUUGCAAAGUUAUGUAAACUGUAAAGUUAAAUUUAAGAAUGGAAUAUUUACGGUAAAAAAAAAGAAAAAGAAUGGAAUAUUUGAAUUUUUUAAGGAAUAAUAAUAAUAAUAAUAAUAAUAACAAUUACGCAUGGGUGAAAGGCGAACAUGCAACAAACUGCGCCGCUAGACUCAGGAGAGACAACAUUAUUAUGUAUAGUUCUCUGAACAAUUUUUAAAAAAUCAACGGCAUCUAGUGCUAGGAGGUCAAAAAUAUCAAACAUAAUGGUAUAAAAGCAUGUUGAUUGUCAAAACACGUUUUUUCAUGUUUGACUAUUUUGUUUGAAACACCGGGACACACACAACUUAAAUAAUACUAGUAACUUUUAAAAUAAAUAAAAAAUGAAAAUAUGUAAAGUCAACACAUUUAGAAUUAAAAUGUCUAACUUUUAAAUAAAUAAAUUUUUCGUAUAAAAUGUUUAAAAAGUGUCCGGGGUCACUCGUUAGCAAGAUCCUUUCUUUUAAUAUAUUUUUUAGUACAUGUUAUCCGUUCUUUAGGUUACUUAUAAUGUUAUUAGAGAAGAGUCCGAUAACUUUAAAUACAAGUAAUAUCUAUCCACUAGUGAAUAGUGAGUGAACAAGAACAAACAUCCCUUCAGUUUCAACUUCAAGGUUUUUUGCAUUGGUGGAGUAUGGCUGCAUCAGAGAAGAAAGACAUUCCUAAUGUUUCCAACUUAGAACAAGAAAAGGAGAAGAUCAUGGAUGCAGAGAACAAGAAUCUCUCUUUUUCCAACACAGAAGAAGAGGAUAAUUCGUUGCUUCCUAACUUGAAUAACGACCCUGAAUCAGCAAUUCCUAACUUGAAUGAUCCCGUGGUCCCUGCGUCACGGAAAAGACAUUUCGAUUUGAAUUACCCUCCUUCGGAUGACAACGAUGGCAGAAAAAAAGUAAAUCUCUCUUCGGAAAGUAAAUCGCCAAGCAGCGCUUCUUCUUUGCAAUUUUCUGUCAGCCAACAAAAUCUCCCAUCGCAGGUCCAAGCAUCAACGGGAAUAAGCUGUGGUUGCAUGGUUUUGGGGUGUGGAAGCGUUGGUUGCCCUUGUUAUAAGGUUUUAUCCUUGUUACGUAUAUCAUAUGAUGUAAACUUUUAGUUUCAUUUAAUAUCAAUUACAAUGACUCUACUGUUUUCAUUUGUAAGGAUAAUGAUAUUAAAGGUUGUAUUCCAUCGAGCGUAGUAAAUAUGAAGGAUACGAUUAACGAGAUUAUAAUGACGAAUAGUGGAAUGAAAGGCUGUUUACCGGACGAAAUCGGGAAUUUGGAUAAGGUGACAGUUUUUGAUGUUAGUUUUAAUGAGUUUGUUGGUGAAUUGCCUGACUCUAUUGGUAAAAUGAAGAGUUUGGAAGAGUUGAAUGUGGCGCAUAAUCGAUUUUCUGGUGUGGUUCCGGAGAGUAUAUGUAGGUUGCCAAGGUUGGAGAAUUUUACUUAUUCUUAUAAUUUCUUUAGUGGUGAAUCGGAAAGUUGUGUUAAG